AUGUUAGGCUCCUCUACCACACCAAGCAGAGAAGGCGAAGCAGUGGACUAUCGUCCAUCUUCCUCUCUUUUUGAUGAUAGCAAUAAUAAUCAUUAUAACGAAGAUACCGGUUUCCAUACACCUAAACGUACUGCAUAUACCCCCCACAGAAUAACAGCAGCCAACUUUGAUAUAUUAAAUACACCGCCUCAGAGGAUUAUGCUACCACCGCGACCUCCUAGCCCAACCAUAGACGCUGAAGAGGAAUUAGAGGAUGAAGAGUCUUCUAGCUUGAUAUUAAACAGUCCUAUUGCCACUACUCCAUCACGCCGCGCUUACCAUAGACCAUAUUACCAUCAGCAGUAUUCACCUGAUAUUUAUAACCAUCGCAACCAUUCAUCCGUAGCAACAACACCACAACGUCAGCAAAGACAACGUCGACAAUUCCAACAGCAAUACCACUGUCACCAACCAUUAGCAGCAGCAUCACCUUAUCGUGAACAACCUCAUUACCAGAAGCCACUAUCGUCGAUAGCAAGUACGCCUCAACGUACAUUGCACAAAGCGAACUACAAUGAUUACUAUAGCAGAACACCUUAUCGACCGGCUGUUGCUGCAACUGUGCAUGCACAACAAACACCUAGAAGACCUCGAUUUCCGCCUACUGAAACAGUAGCACCUAAACGAAAGUCAACAAAACCUAUAAUUACCGCAACAUCAGCAGCAGUAGAAACACUUGAUGAGAAAGAGUCCACCCAUUUCCCAGUUACAUACAAUCCAACUCAAGAACCUAUCAAAGCGUAUUUAAGGAUUCGACCAAAAUUCAUCAAUAAAUCAGCCACCUGUGCACUGAGUGAUGUAGCAAGCAACAGUGUUGAACUCGACGAUGAGGAGAAGAGCAAGGAUCUUAACGAUGAAAACAAAGAGAACAAAGAUACAAAUGAAAAAUCGAUUGCUAUUGGACCCUACCUGAAGAUCUUAAACCAGCACGAAAUACUUAUGACGCCAACAGAAGACUCCAAUGCAUUCCGUAACCGUAAUUCUGCUCAGCCUGAACGAUACAAAUUUACUGAUAUUCUUAAUGAUAGUGUAUCGCAAUAUACUUUCUUCACAAAGACUACAUUACCUUUGAUCCAAGAUGUUUUAGAAAAAGGCGAAAACGCUCUUUUAUUCGCUUAUGGCGUUACGAAUUCAGGAAAAACUUUCACAAUCAUGGGAACUCGAGAAGAACCUGGUAUUUUACCGAGAACACUCGAUGUUAUUUUCAACAGUAUAGGCGAUAAUUUAGCGAGCGAUGAAACAAAGUUGAAACCAUGUAUGCAUAGUGGAGUGAGGUCUUAUACCCAUGCAGAAGAGGAGCAUAGAGAUGUCAUCGCGAUGCAUCAGCAUCAAAUGAGUCAAGCAGCAAAUAAUAAUAGUAGUGGUCAUAGCGAUAAACAAGCAGUAGUAGAUUUGAGUACAGCUUUUUUACAAGAUGAACAACAACGAAGUUUAACAGUACUUAUUGACAAAGGCUACGAAUAUGGUAUCUGGGUUUCUUUUGCAGAAAUCUAUACUGAAAAAAUUUACGAUUUGCUCGUCUCACCCCCACCUGAUGAGAAUACGACUACUCACAAUGGUCGAAAGCGAAAACACCCAUUAGGUAACGGCAACACUAAACGAAAAGCUUUGGCGCUCAAAUACGAAACGAACAACAGCAAAAAUAAAUACAUAGCCGGACUAAAGCAAGUCCGCGUUAAAUCGGUUGAAGAAGCCUAUGCCGUCUUAUUUCAAGGCUUAUCCAACCGUGCUCAAUAUUCCACCUUAGUUAAUCAAACAAGCAGUCGUAGCCACAGCAUUUUCACUAUCGCCGUUGUUAAGAUUCCUAUUGACGACACUGAUAAAGGCUUUGUCAUAGAAGAUCCUAUGUACUCCAGUGUAUCUAAAUUUCAAAUUGUGGACCUGGCCGGUUCUGAACGCUACCGAAAUACAUUAAAUCAAGGACAACGUUUGAGAGAAGCUGGUCAAAUCAAUAAAUCACUGAUGGUGCUGGGACAGUGCAUGGAAACAUUGAGAUUAAACCAGCUUAAAGUAGCGGUGGGGAAAAAGCCAGAUAUGGUUCCUUAUCGUCACAGUAAAUUAACAGAGCUGUUCAAAUCGUCAUUUGAGGGGAACGGGAAGGCUGUGAUGGUGGUGAAUGUAAACCCUUAUGGAACGGGAUUUGAUGAGAAUAGUCAUGUUAUGAAAUUUUCGGCAGUAGCAAAAGACGUAGCAACAUGGAAGAGGGCGCAUCCAAAAUUAAACUUGAAAGGACUGGCACAACAGUCCAACGUGAAGAAGAGACAGAGGAGAAGACCAGCGCCUCCACCAUCAUCUCUCUAUUCAACAGCAGCGACUACAACAUUACCUACUUUGCAGCAACAGCAGGAUGAACAUUACGACGCAUCACAACAGCAAUAUCACCACGUCUAUCAUGGUAUCGAUGACUUGAUGGCAGACGAUGAGGAAGAGAAUGAAGAAGAAGAGUAUGAAAAAGUAAUUUCGCCAAGCGAUACUGACGAAAUAAGCGAGCAAAGACAAGAAGGACAUCAGUCUACGAUCAAGAAAGCUGCAAAUCAUCUUAAUAAACAAGAAGACCGGGAUGAUCAGACACUUACUAACAUAGAUGAAGAUGAUGACGACGACGUUGAAGAGUCAGAGGAUUCAGAAGAGGAUGAAGGCGACGUGGAAAAAGAUCCAUUUGUAGAAACGCUAUUUGAGCAGUUGGAAGAUUUGCGCAGUAAAUGGUUGGAAGCAGAGGCAAGAUGUGAAAGAAUGGAAUCGGAAAUACGCGAACAAGUAACAAAAGAAACAGAAUCUGAACUGAAAACAAUGGAAGAUAUAUACAUGAAAUCAUUAAGGCAAGAUAAUGAGUUGAAUGAAGCGCGAAUAAAGCAAAGAUUAGGAAAGGAAAUCAACAAAGCAGUAGCCAAAAAAAAAUUGCAAAUGGAGGAAGAAAAGAAGAACAGGGAGAGAACUUACGAUUAUACAAAUUUUAAAGAAUUAGAAGAUAAACAAGAAGCUAUUUCAAAUCAACUAAAUCACUUUAUUGCCUAUAUGAGUGAGCAUGAAAGAACGCGACACCAAUUGUUAGAGAAGAUUACGGAACUAGAGAAAGCAAAGCAGAAACAAACGGAAACCAUACAUAGGUUGAAUUUGAAAUUACAAGAGCAGGACAUGGUGCUCGGCGCUAUGAAAGAGGAAAAAAUUGCGGCUCAGAAUCAAAGCAGCAGCAAUGCAAAGCAGGAGUCCACUGAUAAAGAUAAUGAUCCGCAUGCUCAUAUGAGAUAUUUGGAAUGGAAGAAAAGACUCAGACAGAUGAAGUUGCAAAGGGAAAAUGAUCCGCCUGGUGCUACGCAUUAAUGGAACAAAUUAUUAUUGCUUAAUAUCUUUUAAUAAAACUACGAACUGGGCUUAGAGCAUUAGUGAAACAGCUAUGUAAAAGAGUCGCUUUUGAUUAUGAAUUCUAGACAUGCAAUGUAUGGACAAUAUACAACAGCAAGCAGUAAUAAAGAUGGGCGAGAGAUGAGCGCGAAGUCAUCUUCCUUCCGUCACGUUAUUGCUCCACUUUAACUGGUUGUACAUAGUUUGUAUUCGACAGCUGGAAUGGACUUACUCCUGCCAAAAAUAACUCAAUGUGUAAAUUAUUGCUCCGCAAAGAAAAAUGUUUUUUAGUCUCUUAAAGUUAUUUGCACAAUAGAGGAAAUCCACUCAAAAAAAAAUUGCUUAAGUUCUUCCAUCACUCAAGUAUGCAAAUUCUAGCUACGCAGUAUCCUCGGAGUUAAAUCAAAAAUGCUACUUUGCACUACGUUUAAACAAAGGAUUUUUAU